ACACCGCCCAGUGGGACAAAUAUGAUAAUGUUUCUAUUCUGGGCUGUCUUUGAAACAGUAGUGGGGGGGAAAACCGCUGGAAAAGUUUGGGAGAGUGUGACAAACCAAGCUCUUCGAUAGACAAGAAUCGAAACUCGUUGGGCUCUUUGCCCCAAUUUUGGAUUACGACAUGGACGCUUUGAAGUCGGCUGGAAGGGCAAUAAUUCGGAGCCCCAGUAUCGCUAAACAGUCAUGGGGUGUGGGCAGACACAAAAAGCUGCCAGAGAACUGGACAGACACACGGGAGACCCUGCUGGAGGGCAUGGUGUUCCAGCUCAAGUACCUGGGCGUCACGCUGGUGGAGCAGCCCAAAGGAGAGGAGCUCUCCGCAGCCGCCGUCAAGAGGAUUGUUGCCACGGCCAAAGCCAGUGGCAAGAAACUCCAGAAAGUGACAUUAAAGGUGUCCCCUCGAGGAAUCAUUCUCUACGACUACGCCUCUAACCAGCUGAUUGAGAACAUCUCCAUAUACAGGAUAUCCUACUGCACAGCAGACAAGAUGCACGACAAAGUGUUUGCCUACAUCGCCCAGAGCCAACAGAACGAAACUCUCGAGUGCCACGCCUACCUCUGCACCAAGAGGAAGGUGGCCCAGGCAGUGACGUUAACAGUGGCCCAGGCCUUCAGAGUGGCGUUUGAGUUCUGGCAGGCCGCCAAAGAAGAGAAGGAGAUGCAUGCGAAGUCUGGGUCAGAUGGGGAAGGAGCAAGUAGUAGCCAGUCGGAGAGCUCGUCCAGACUGGGCAGUCUGAAGGGAGGAGAAGUGGCCACAGGGAACCUUCUAGACUUGGCAGAGGGAGCAAACGUGGCGCUGCUGCUGCGCUCUGGGACAAAGGAGAGCGAACCAGACUCAUUCAUGAUGCACAACCACACCACAGAGAACAACAAUACUGUAUGGGAGCUUGAGGAUGGUCUGGAUGAAGCUUUCUCAAGCCGCAGUCUGGAUAGCUUUGAAUCAUACUCAGACUCGCUGAGUCUCGCAAUAACCCCCAGGUCCUGGACAUUGGGGUAAACCCUCAGGACUUCAACACUGAAGAGUGCCUGUCCCCAGCUAACUGGGACAAAACGGAUGCAGACAACGGCGAAAAAGACUAUAUGUUAGGGUUCUAAGGGUGGAGCCACUGCGGAAGCAAGGCAACGAGGGGGAGAGCGAAAGAUGGAGAAGGAAAGCGAUAGGGAUGUGGGUGAAAGCAGUAGAGAGGCAGUGACUGUGAGAUGUCUGUGAAAGAAUAGCAGGCCUAGUGGAGUUUGUACAUGAUUCGCCCUGAAAGUCCACUGUCUUGCCAUCUUGAGGGAUGUGACUGCUAGCGUGUCUAACUGACCAACCGGGAGGGACCUACUGAGUCUAGAGCCUCCAGAACUAAGACCAAAGCAAUACAACCAUUUUGUUUUCAUUUAAUUUUAAACAUCCAGUCAUCUGGUGUUUGCUACAUUCAAUACCCCAUUAUUCAAUUAGCCUCUGUCUCUACUGACUGGUAGGUUUUUAACUGUAUGUAUGCGUGUAUAUACAGUAUACAUAAUCUGACACAAACGGAGCUAUAAUUUAUCACUUGUUGAGCAUUUGGUGAAGGUGCAUUUAAGCGUUAGAAGCAGAAAAUAAUGUGUAUAUUUAAGGUCAACACAUCCAUGGUCAGUGUUGGAGUCUGGGUGGAUGUCACAGUUAUGUUCAUUUUGUUAAUAUAGGUGGAUGGAGGAGUAACUCACUCAGAUAGGAAACUUACUGGUGAUGUAGUCACAGCCACCAGCUGGAGUGAACUUUGACCAUGAUGCCAAAUAUAACAAUAAAGAGUGAGGGUGACCAUCACCUCUGAGCUCAAUGGCUCUAAUAAUUGGGCAAACGGGCUUUAACAAACAAAAAUUGCCACAGGAGGCUGCUGAGGGGAGGAUGGUGCAUAAUGGCUGGAAUGGAGUGAAUGGAACGGUAUCAAACACAUGGAAACUGUGUGUUUGACGUGUUUUCAAUUCCAUUUAUUCCCUUCUAGCCAUUACUAUGAGCCUGUCCUCCCCAAUUAAGGUUUCACCGGCCUCCUGUGUUACUUGCAUACAUAAUAUGUGGGUUGUGUGUGUGUGUGUAUAAAGAAUCUUAUUUUUAUUCUAUUGCAAAAUCUAUUUUUGCACUCUCCACUCAUCCCUCUAGAAAGCACAUACUUUCAUGUCAUUGAUUGUUAUUAUAAUAACCAUCUAGCUCUUACAUGUACCACUGUAAUAUUGUCUAAUCUGGUUUGUGCUCAUUUUGAUAGUUUACUUGACAGUUUGGAGAUUUCAUUUUGAAGAUAUCAGAUGAGGGUUUGAGUUGAGUUAAGUUCAAGUUUCCGUGUUAAUAUCACUGACAUUUUUGAUACAGUUUGAAAUACAUUUUUAUAAUUUCUGGUAUUAUGUUACCUCUGAAUUUAAUAAAAUGUAUGCAUCAUU